GCUCUGACCACCGUCGCGGUUGGGCUCGCUCGCCGUCGUCGUCCCUCGACUCGGUAAGAUCGCCGCGCGAUCGCUCGCGAAGGAGAUCCACACGCGCGCGCAACACCCCUGGGCCAAGGGCUCCUCGAUCUCGCGGUCUCGCCACCCCCCGGACCGGGUCCCGGGUUGAAAAUCCCGAGCGGGCCGAACGAUCGCGCGGAACGAUCGCGGGUGAGCGAUCGCGGGGAGGCAGCGAUGUGUAGUAAGGGUGCCCGCCGUGCGUAGGUAGGCAGCGGGGAGAUAUCGCGGGGUCGUUACACCGAGGGACCAGGCGAGGAGCGGCAGGCAGCGUGGUGAAUAGUAUACUUCCGCGCGGGUGGUGUGCCAGCGAGUGGCUCGCAGUCGGACCGUGAAUGCGGCCGCGUUAACAAACAACCCCCCCGGAAUCGACAAUCGCAGGACAGAAAUGAGAAGGCAGUCGUACUGUCCGAGCUCGAGCAGCGGGAACGGCACCGGCGAGCCGCUGAUCGUCGUCGAGGAGAGCACGGGCGAAGAGGAAGCGGAGCGCUGCCGCGCGGAAUCGCCGCCGCGAUGCGUCGACCCGGACUCGCCGUCCUUGAAUCCCUAUCUGCUCUCGCCGUGGAGGGACGCCAGGAAGCACUCCUUGCCGACGCCGCAGUGCACAUCCGGGAUAACCGCAUCCCAGGUGCGACGGUUGAGCGAACGCGGCGGGGAAGGUUCCGGUCCGUCGGCGAGGGAGGCUGCCUUCUUGGCGACGCUCUCGCAGACGCCGGCACCGCAGUCCGGCGGCCGACGACACUCCGUCGUCACGAUCUCCAGGGUGCCGACCACCCUCUUCGGCCGCAAUCGACGAGAAUCCAUCGCCGCGUUCCCCGUAGCAGGCGCCACCAGGAUAUUACAGAGCCGGCGGGAAUCGUCCACCGGGAUAACCGGGCCGCCCAGCAACAGCGGGAGCACGCACAAUCUGCAGCUCGACAUUAUGGACGACAUCGCCGAGAUCAAGGCGAGAAAGGUCCGUUUAAAGAUGUACAAGACACCGUCUCGCGAGCGCGUAUGCGAGAUUCAGCCUCUGGAGGGCGACGGCAGCUCUACCACGCAGAAAUACAUACAGCAUCAGAAACGCCGGUUCUCCGAGUUCUCGGCGUCGGUCGCGGCGUCCACGUCGGCUCUGCGUAGACGCGCGUCCGAGAUGACGAGGCCGCACUCCGAGAUCGAGAUACCGGGCAUGCCGACGGCAGGUAUCACGUGCUCCAACACGGAUCUGAUAUCCAUCCUGAGCUCCCUGACGUCGUCCGCGACGGAGAUAAACACGUGCGGCACGUCGGACGCGUCGGGCGCCAAGGACGAGCAGAAAUCGAGCUGGUCCGCGAAAACGGCGGAGCAGAGGCGCAGUCGGCUCAAGAGCUCCCGGUCCAACAGCUUCGACGUCUCCAUUCUGCACAGCACCAAGUGCAAGACGCCAACUAGCAGCAGCAAGAGCGCCAUUGGGGCGUUCAUGACGCCGAGCACGUGGUUCGUCAAGAGACACCAGCCCAUCUCGAAGAAGAGCCGAUACGACGAGGAGAGCGCGCCGAUGUUCAAGCUGGACAAGGCGCAGGUGGUCAAGACUGUCAAGGACACGCUCGCGAAGAACGUGGGCACCAAGCACAAGGUUCUCUGGGACGACAGCAGCGGUACCAAGGUGGAUGCUCAGGUGCUCGGUAAUGCCAUCGAGAAGAUCCUCACCUCGACCCACAGGGGAAGCGACGCGGAAGCGUCGGGUAGUUCAUCCGGAAAGCCAUCCGUGUCGCCGAACAAGUCACGCGCCAGUAAGGUCGCCGGUUGGUUCACGAGCGGGAACAAGGAGCCGGAGCAACCGGACUGCGACUCGAUCUGCUCCACCCUCAAGGACCUCUUCGUCAAGUAGUGCACCACCGCCGGACCCGCCUCUCGCGAUUACGACAAUUCAUAUGUUUCGUUUGUAAACACGAUCUACCGGAUUGACAGUACGAGCUAUUUGCUGCACUGCCGCUAUUUAUUUACUUUACUUCUCUUUCGCUGAAUGAGUUCAACAUCCGAGCUAACUCGCGCGCAAAUCUGCCGAGAUCUGUUGGAACGGUUCUCUUGUUUACCCUCUUGAAUUGAGAAGGGUUCAAACACGAGAAAGAUCACAGGGGUGGCGCAGGGGGGAGAAAAAAGAUCAAAGCUGCGGAAGAUUACAGGUUUGAUCGAGGAGAUGUUACUAUUUUUUUGUCUCUUAUGUAUUUCUUCGCACAAACACACUCGCGCGCGCGUCUACCUUUUAUAAACGCACGUCCGGAUACCUGCGGUCUCUCCUCGUAUUUGAAUUCCGAGUUCAUUUAAUACUAUCCUGGGGAGAUCCGCAACGAAUCCGUAGAUGAUUUUACCGAAUUUGCGCGGCUUCUACCAACGCGAGAUUUUAUUUAUAAUCUUGAUCUACGUGAUAUUUCGUUUAACGAGUAAAUAGAAAUUAACCUUUGGUUGCACCGAGUAACAUUUAUCGAUAAUAAAUAUUCGUGAAUUUAAUUUUUUUGCGGCAAGUGGUAUUAUUAAAUUUGGCAAUUUCGCGAAGCUGAAGGCCUCUGCCAAUACACUCGCGCAAUAUUAAAACGUUGAAUUCGAUAUUUACGAAUUAUUUUCGCUCUUCUCCUUCAUUUAUUCCGAUUGUACCUAUACAUCUUUUGCGGCCGAUCGCGCAACCAUGACCGCGAGAUGACAGAUAACGCGAUCUGCCCUUGUCUGCACUAAGCGAAAACACAGUCACGCACACAACGCGAUAUCUAUAUAUAUAUAUGCGCCGUAUAAUUUCUAUUGAUAGUGCAAAUAUCGAGGAAAUCGAUUAUAAAACUAUUUUCAUAAGAGACAAUUAUUUUUAGUGAUAUGUCAUUUUAAGUUGUCGCGAGCAGAUAAUGUUACGUUGGCGCGCAAAAACAUUCUAGGAUAAAAUUAUGACAUAAGAGGACAGUCUGCGCGACAUUUCUCGUAUACUAACGCAGUUUACGUGGAUAAUCAUGAACGUUAAUCUAUCCUUUGCUGGCCAAAGGAGAUGCACACGUUAUAAUUAUAGUAUAUAACAUAUUCCGAAAGAGGCACAAAGAGAGAGAGAGAGAGAGAGAGAGAGAGAGAAAGUGGCGGCUGGUCCGGUUAAUUACGCGUUACUUUAUCUGCCCUUCUUCCCGUUUCAUCGGUCGGAUUUCAAUCCGUUUUCCUGCUCUUUCUAGUCGACGUCCCUCGACGGCAUUUUGACCGCACGAACCGCCACCGACACAAAAGUAUUACAGAUAUAUGAACGUAGAGAUGUAUACGUAUAAAAACCGUCAUGUACAUUUAAUAACGAUAUGUAUGUACAGCAACGUUAUGCACGGGUUGCAUGCACGUUGCUGCGUGUACGUGUGGGCGCGCGUGUAUGUUUCAAGCGGAAAAUAUAUUUAAAAGAUAUUCAUGUCGCAGUUUUCCCGGAAAUUUUCUGUUUCAAUGGCGGAAUACGUGAUCGCGAAUGAGACGCAAAUUAAUGAAACAUCUGACGGAGCCCCACGAAUGAAAGCUAUGAAUGGGACUAAGUACCACGAAGUGUCCUGCAAAUGUAUCUUCCUUUGGUCGGUCUCAUUCCCCCCCGAUUGUGUUUGCACUUGGUAAUUUUGUUCCUUAAGUUUUGCAGGAUAACGAAGAAGACGCUUCAUAUCGUUACCCCGCGUGAAUUGUUUCUGUUCAGUUAUAUUUUCGCAAAGAAUUCUCUACCUUCCGUACCUGGACCGUAGUUGAGGGUAGUUGAACGAAGGUGUACGAAACAGUUUCCCGUGGCAUUGAGUUUUAACAUCUCCUAAGAUCGGUGUGCAAUAAAGAAUAUCUUUAUUGAUUCGAAGACAAUCGCUCCGCUGCGGCGUGAUUAGAAAAUAUGAUUGGACACGGUACGUCAUGUUCAAGCUGCUUUAUUAAGAAUUUGAGACAGGACCCUUUCAAUUUACAUUAAAUUAAUAGCUUCAGAACGUAAUGAGUGUGAACUUUGCUGUCGAUUUUAGAUAAACUACAAUCGUGAAAAUUGAUUUGAAAAUUUACGAUAAAAUAGGUCUAAACGAAACGGCGUGACUUAUAAAAUUGCGCAUUAUUUCGAUACAUACUUACACGUCUCUUGAUAUAUAUAUCAAUGUUAAAAAAAAUGUUUCAAAGAUAAUAAUCGUUGUUAUCGAGAGUUUUGAAAUCUAUACGGAAUUGAUUGCGUAAUGUAAUUACCCUGAUCUGUAUGAACUUCAAAACUUAUUUAUGAAAAACAUGAUGUGAGUAGAGAGUAACACUACUUAAAUGUUCUUCGAUUGGUAAUCAGAGUCUAUAUAAAUCCGCGUGAAUAUCUAGUCUUUCUUUACGUCGCGUAAAAAGAAAAUUGUCUAACGAGAAGCAGCGUUAACAAACACAAAACAAAGACGGAAGUACAAAUAUUAAACGAAACGAUUAAAAGACCAAAAGCGCGUUAUUUUGUCUUACUGGGUCGAGUGAUAACUCGAAUAGUAGAUAACUUCUGACGCAGAUAGCAAGUUGUCUUUCUCUCUCUACUAGAAUUCCUAAUCCUCCAAUCCCUCAAACGAUUCUAAAAUUAAAUUAUUAAUGGAAUUGAAAGGAUGAGAAAAAAAAAUUAAUACUUGUUAUUUGCAUCAGAAUACAUAUGCGUAUGUAUAUUUAUGAUUUUUUUCAACCCCUCAAUAAGAACAUAUCGAUUUUUUUAUUUAGAUGGCGAAUGCGUUUUUAUCAAUUUAGUAACAAUAGCAACAAUAAGGAAACAAGGAUUAGUUCGACUAUCCUAUCAGGUAUCAACGUUAUAAUUCUCUUAUGGGCGUUGUGUUCAAAAAUUGUGGAGGGAUAAAAUCCGCUUGCGUAUUUAGAUUAGCGUACCUCCUGUUCGUAUGUUACUAUCGAAAGUGUCCCAAUCUAAUACAAGGUUGUAAAUAGUAUUGGUGCUGUAUGUUCUAUCAAUGUUCUCGCAGCAGAUUGAUAAAACAUGAAUAUGAAAAAAAAAAGUAAAAUAUACGUUGAUCGUAAAUGUUGCAAA